GGCGGCGACCCUCACCCUCCAACACACUCCAACACGAGCCCCGACACAGCAAGCAGCACAAUGAGAGUCCUGGGCGUGAUCCUGCUGGCCACCUGCGCGGCGGCCAGGACGAGGCGUGAGGCAGAGCCCUCCCCCGGCGAUCUGGGCCACGGCCUGGGCCACGGCCUGGGCCAUGGCCUGGGACAUGGCCUGGGACAUGGCCUGGGACAUGGCCACGGCAUCGGCCUCAGUCACGGCUACGGGCUAGGUCACGGGUAUGGCCUGGGCUUGGGCCAUGGUUUUGGCCACGGACACGGACUUGGCCAUGGUAUUGGCCAUGGUUUAGGGUUUGGACAUGGACACGGUUUAGGGCACGGAAUUGGCCAUGAUCUUGGACAUGGUCAUGGUCAUGUUGGUGGGCACGGUGUUGUACAUGGUCAUGGACAUGGUCAUGGGCAUGGCCUUGGUUAUGGCCAUGGAGUGGGCCACGGCGGACACACUGUUAUCCACGGCGGACACACCGUUGUCCACGGCGGCGUGGGCCACCACCACCAUGACGCGGGCCAUGUCGUGGCCCACCACGAUGCCCACCACGUCGUGGGCUCACCGAUUCUGCAUGGCCACACUAGCAUAGUCCACGGCCACGGGCACGGCCACGGCCAUGGCCACGGGCACGGGCACGGCCAUGACCUGGGCCACGGACACGUGCAGGUGUACGAGGCGGUGACCGGUCACGGGUACGGCCACGGUGCCACGUACGGCUACAAGGCGGCGGUGUCCCACCCCUACAGCGGCCACUCCUACCAGCGGGUGCACUCCGUGGUGCCGCCCCACCACCACCACGGCCACUCCCUGCACGGCCUGGGCCACCACUAGCACCCCAGGCCUUCCUGCCCCAGCCACCCUCACCCUGUGGACCACGGCCACCACCCUCCCUACGACUCACUGAUGUACAGCAUAAAUUAUUACACUACCCUGUUGUUUUCCACCCCGCGCCGCCUGGGCACACGCUGUGAACACGAUGCCACAUGAGUCUAUCACGUUGAGUUUCCCGCAGAGAUGU